CAAUGAAAUUGAGGUUCCAAAAGGUGAUUCUCAAUUUGCAACACAUUUGAAAGCAUCUGAAGCGGUAAGUAAUUUUGCAAGAUCAAAAACUUUACGUGAACAAAGAGAAUUUUUACCAGCUUUUGUAGUUCGUGAAGAACUUUUAAAAAUUAUUAGAGAUAAUCAAGGUUCAGGUAAAACCACGCAGCUUACACAAUAUCUUCAUGAAGAUGGUUACAGCAAGUAUGGAAUUAUUGGGUGUACACAACCUCGACGUGUUGCUGCAAUGUCAGUUGCAAAGCGUGUUAGCGAAGAAAUGGAUUGUAAGCUUGGAACAACAGUGGGCUAUGCAAUUCGAUUCGAAGAUUGUACUUCUGAAAGCACUCUGAUAAAAUAUAUGACUGAUGGUGUAAUGCUUCGUGAAUCACUUAAAGAACCAGAUCUUGAUCAUUAUAGUACUGUUAUAAUGGAUGAAGCUCAUGAACGUUCAUUACAGACUGAUGUUUUAAUGGGUUUAUUAAGACAAGUGAUUACACGUAGAAGGGACCUUAAAUUAAUUGUAACUUCAGCAACUAUGAAUGCAGAAAAGUUUGCUGCAUUUUUUGGAAAUUGUGCUAUAUUUACAAUUCCAGGCCGUACUUUUCCAGUUGAUACUAUGUUUAGUAAAACUCCAUGCGAGGAUUAUGUUGACAGUGCUGUAAAACAAGUUUUAGAAAUUCAUUUAAGUCGCCCAGCUGGUGAUAUUUUGGUGUUUAUGACUGGUCAAGAGGAUAUAGAAAUAACAUGUCAAGUUAUUUCAGAACGACUUCAACAAUUGGAUAAUCCACCACCAUUGGCAGUUCUACCGAUUUAUUCACAAUUACCUGCUGAUUUACAAGCUAGAAUUUUUGAAAAGACAUCAGAUAAUGCACGUAAAGUGAUUGUUGCAACAAACAUUGCAGAAACCUCACUUACAGUUUUUAAUCCCAAGAUUGGUAUGGAUUCACUGCAAAUAACACCAAUCAGCCAAGCAAAUGCAAAUCAAAGAUCUGGACGUGCUGGACGUACAGGUGCAGGAACUUGUUAUCGUCUCUAUACAGAACAAGCUUAUCAUCAUGAAAUGUUUAUUAAUACAAUACCUGAAAUUCAGCGAACCAAUUUAGCAAAUGUGGUAUUACUUCUUAAAUCUUUGGGUGUUAAAAAUUUAUUAGAUUUUGAUUUUAUGGAUCCUCCUCCACAGGACAAUAUUUUGAAUUCAAUGUAUCAAUUAUGGAUCUUGGGUGCAUUAGAUAAUACAGGGGAAUUAACACCACUUGGGCGUAGAAUGGUGGAAUUUCCAUUGGAUCCUUCAUUGUCCAAGAUGUUAAUUGUAUCUCAAGAGUUAGGCUGUACUGCAGAAAUUUUGGCUAUUGUAUCUAUGCUUUCUGUUCCUUCAGUAUUUUAUCGACCAAAGGAAAGAGUAGAGCAAAGUGAUGCUGCUAGAGAAAAAUUUUUUGUACCUGAAAGUGAUCAUUUGACUUUACUACAUGUUUAUACACAAUGGAAAUCUAAUGGGUUUCAAGAUGGAUGGUGUGUAAACCAUUUUAUACAUUCAAAGGCAAUGCGUAAGGCUCAAGAGGUCAGAUCACAAUUAAUAGAUAUUAUGAAAGCUGAAAAAAUGGAAUUAGUGUCUUGUGGUACAAACUGGGAUGUAGUUAGAAAGUGUAUAUGUUCAGCAUACUUUCAUCAAGCUGCAAGAAUUAAGGGAAUUGGAGAAUAUGUUAAUAUUCGUACUGGUAUGCCAUGUCAUCUUCAUCCAACAAGUGCAUUGUAUGGACUUGGGUAUACACCUGAUUACAUAGUCUAUCAUGAAUUGGUAAUGACUUCAAAAGAAUAUAUGCAAUGUGUUACUGCUGUAGAUCCCUAUUGGCUUGCGGAAAUGGGACCUAUGUUUUAUUCAGUCAAAGAAAAUAAUUUUACACAAAAGGAAAAACGGGCUGCAAACAAAGCAGAAAUGGCCAAAAUGACAAAGGAAAUGAAAAUUAAGAAGGCACGAGAGGAAGAGGAAGAUGAAGAAAAAUUACAAAUACAAGCAGUAAGGUCACCCAAAAAACCAAAAAUAUUUAUGCCAGGCCGUAAUGCUAAAACUUCAUUAGGAAAAAAAGGAUUAG